AGGACACAGGAUAUUGGUCACAAAUCAUAAUCUAGGGCCAUUAUGACACAUUGCUAAUGUGAUUACUGAGAGUUGACCUGUUCCACUGGCCCCGAGUGGACGCGAGCAUGUGGCCGGUGAAAAUGGGAGUACUGACAGACGUAGCCUUGGUUACCAGAUCUCUGCAAUGACGCUCCGCAUCACUGUGCUUCGUAUGUCAACAUCGCGAUGUGAAUGACAGGAAGUCAUGGAGGACGACACAGAUAGCCAGCCGACACUGGAGUCGGUAGAAACAUCUCCAACACCAGUAGCGUCUGACAUUGGGUCAAGGUCGGAACAUAGGAGUAAAUCUACCCGUGGUCCAGAUUCCACCUCUGAAAUGUCAUGGGGAGACGACCCUGACCUUGGUAUGACAGAAGACGACCCUGACCUUGAUCUGGCAGCAGACGACCCUGACUUUGGCGAGGCAGGGGACCCUACCCCCUCACUGACCAGUGCAAAGUCGAAAAGAACACCAUCACAAAAAGGCAGUGCUCGUCUGUCCAGGCGGAGCCUGACUGACAUAGAACGCGAGGCAGAUGAAAUGCGCAAUAUCCUCAUCACACAGUAUGGUCUGGACAUCUCAGAUGACGUCGAAUGUGACGUUAGCGAGUCCGAGUCGGAAUCAGACGAAGGGCGUGAGGUGGACUACGACACCGACCUCGACAUGGACAUGGACAAGUGGCUGAACGCUGAGCAGCUUCGUCUCAAGGAUGACCUCUCCGGUGAGAGACGUUACGUGGCAGCAUGUGACGCCAUUGGAGUCACGCCCGCCACUUACUUCGUCAAACACAUCGCCGACCACGAAGUGGGCAUGAGGUUCCAUGGGCUAGGCCCCCAGGGAGCCAAGGCUAUGUGCGUUCCACUCAAGACCAACAGUAAGAUCGAGAAACUGGAUCUGGAGGGUAACUGGAUAGAUGAGGCAGGCUGUGGGAGUCUCGCUGAGAUGCUGAGAGACAACAUUUACAUAACCGAGCUGAUUCUAUCCGAGAACAAGAUCGGCUGUGCAGGUGCUCUGUCUAUGUGUGAGAUUCUAAUGAAGAAUGAUACCGUCGUCAAACUCGACCUCUCAGGCAACGACAUCAAAGAUUCCGCGGCAGAGAACAUAUGCCAGAUGCUGAAAAAAAACACAUCCCUCCGGCACCUGUACCUGAGCCACAACCACUUCGAGGAGGAGGGUGCUCUUCACUUCAAGGAGGCGCUGUCCUACAACGAAUCCCUGGAGACUCUGGACCUCAGCUGGAACAGGUUCAGGACCCGAGGGGCCAUCUACAUCGCCGAGGGGGUUCAGGAGAACUAUGGUCUACGCAUUCUCAACUUCUCCAUGAACGGACUGGGACUUGCUGGGGCAGAGGCGAUGGGGAAGGCCUUGAAGGUCAAUCGAACAUUGCUUGACCUUGACAUUAGUUUCAACCGAAUACCGGAAGAGGGAGCUGGUCACAUGGCAGUUGGUCUGCAAGUCAAUGACGUGCUGCAGUCACUGAAGAUAAGCUCCAAUCCUCUCGGCAGUGACGGGUCAUUAGCUCUGCUGGUGGCAGUGGACAGGAACGACUGCAGCUGCCUGAAGUACCUGGAACUGUUGAACGUGUGGGUGAUGGACAGCUUUAUUGAGCUGAAGGAGAAGCUGGAGAAGGACCGGAAUCUCAUGGUGGUGUAUGGCGGCCUCAAGAAGAAGCUGUUAAAGCUCACAGCCCUCAGAGGGGUCGAGUGGGAACGCUGGCUCGCCAACAACCCAAUGACGAAGAUAAAAAACUACAUCCGAGAUACGGGAUACCGUCUUAUUGACCUCUUCCGGGACUUUGACAAAGACGGCAAUAUGUCUAUCACCAAGCAGGAGUUUCAUAUUGGCAUACAGUCUGCUGGCAUCGUGAUGACCAAGGAGCAGGUGGACGAACUGGUCAAGAAGUUGGACAAAGACGGGAACGGGGAGGUGGAUUACGGGGAGCUGAUGGAGGGGGACAGGGAGUACAGACAAGCGCUGAGAGCGGCAGCUGCGAAAAAGAAGGUGAUGGUGGAGUCGGGGGGCAUGUCUGAAGACGGGGAUGAUUCAGCAAGCAGUCGUGUCCCCUCCGUCAUCAGGAUGCUCAUUUCGGAGAGAGACAGCGCCAGCAGCUCCGAGUCAGGCAAGUCAUAGCAGGAACACUAUCGUGCAGAAGGUUAAGAGGUGAGCGCCUCGGGUCAACUGGUACCUUUCCUGUUCCUAAGCCAAUUUUAACUCAACGACGUUUCAGCAUAGUCGCUUUAUAGAAGUUGUCAAGAUGGAACCAACAUUGCAGCUGAGGAAGGAUUGGAUCAGGACCAACAUGUCUUGAGGCAGCGAGCACCAUCCUAUCACGUUGCCAGCCGUUAGACGAGACGUGUGAUCUGACAAGAUUAGGAAUAGUGUACUUUGUCGUAUAUCUGGAUUCACUGCAUGACACAAGCCUUGGCCAGUAGCUAGGAUUAUUCAAGGAUGAAUCUAAAUAUUCAUCUCAAGGACAGUACAUUGCGUUGAUCAACCAAAUGCAGAAACUGGUUGGUUAUUGACCUUCUUUGCAACAGCUGGACCAACUUUAUGGAACUCUCUGCCAACUCACAAGAAGCCUCCAAGACGUGGAAUCAUUUAAAUCAAUUGUAAAAAUAUAUUUCUUCAGAGAAGCGUAUCUACAGCUCGCUGGACUUUUCACAAGCUUAAACUGGAGCUAAGCGCUGUAUUCAUGUGUAGAUAUUAUUUAUUGUUAUUUUUAACAUUGUGUUUGUCUUACAGGAAGUAGGAACGUUCUUACGGCAGUGUAUACUGAUUUGUGACUUUCUUAAUUUCUCAUGCUUUUAAGAACAUAUUUGCCAUCUCUCAUCAUGGCCGCACUGUUCCACUGGGAUGCUCGUAGAAGCAAGAAAAGGCGAUGAAGUAUUUUAUUUUGCCAUUACAUUCUAUUUAUUUUUCGAGAAUUUAAAUGUCAUGGUGAGAGAGUUACUUUGAUACCCAUUACAUUAAUUCGACUCAACAUGACAUUCAAAUAACCUGGACUAUCGUAGUUCUUCCAAUAACAUGUCAAUAUUAGCGUACUUCGGGUAAGAAUAUGCCUACGAAAAUUUGUUCAACAGCAUGUACAUAUAACAUUAUGUCGAUGUGUGUUUUGUAUACUCAUGGUAUGUCAAUUAUUCAAGAUAAUUAUGUAUAUGUCCAUUAUGAUAGCGUGGCAUGCUCUGUGCAGAGCCAUUGUCACCAAAUACAUGUAUAUUUACCUAUUAAACAUAUUCUGCGUCUUUA